AGUUGAAGGAUAAGAUUUCUGAAGAGGAUAAGAAAAAGAUUCAAGAGAAAUGCGACGAAACAGUUAGGUGGUUGGAUCGUAACCAGACAGCUGAAAAAGAUGAGUUUGAGCACCGACAAAAGGAAUUGGAGUCUGUUUGCAAUCCGAUCAUUACAAAACUCUAUCAGAGUGCUGGUGGUAUGCCUGGAGGAAUGCCUGGUGGCAUGCCGGGUGGAGCUCCAGGUGGAGCUUCGACGGGCGGUGGACCAACAAUUGAAGAAGUUGAUUAGAUGAUUUGUCGAUCGGAAUUAACGAUCUCGUCUUUGCUGCAUGUAUUACCUCUCGUUACCUGUUUCUGAUGUUAUGAAAUUCAAAUUAUUGAGUUCUUUGCAAUCUCAUGUUACUUGAGACGUGGUCGAGAUAGGUUGUACUUGAAGUUAUCCAUAUUGAUGUGCUUGUUAUUGUUUUCUUUUUUGAUUUGUAAGUAAAACUUAAGUUAUGGUGCGUAUAGAUGAAAAUAUCAUAAGUGGUGCUAAAGGAGCGAGCACGGUGACUCCGCGUCUUCGUAGUGGAGCCGGACGCGAAGGUUGUGUGGUGGUUGAAUACGUCAUGUCUUUUCUAGAAGGGGAUUGUUCCUGUAACCCGUGA